AUGGCCUCUUCAACGCAGAAUGCUCCCUUUCUCAAGGAGCUUGCAUCUAGCAACAAGAAGAGUCGAGACGGUGCCCUGGAAAGUCUCCGUAGAUUUUUACGUAGCCGUGCGGAAAUCGAUGAGAUCGAGUUUCAGAAGCUAUGGAAAGGCCUUUUCUUCUGCAUGUGGAUGAGCGACCGCGCGAAAGCACAGCAAACUCUCGCGAAUGACUUGGCCGAGCUGGUGAAUGUUGUCCCAGCGGAAAAACGAUUGGUGUUUCUACGCGCGUUUUGGAAGACGAUGGCACAUCACUGGACUAGUAUCGAUGCAUUGCGCAUGAAUAAAUUCCUUCUGUUGGUGAGAAGGUACCUCCAUGCGACAUUUCAACAGAUGUCCAUGGGAUCAUGGGGACAGGAAACGCUUAUUGAUGCUCAUUUGUCCCUCCUGGAGGAAAUCCCUUUGAAUCCAUCCGACCCGAAGGUCCCCGAUGGCAUGCGAUAUCAUGUGAUUGACAUUUAUGUCGAUGAGCUAGACCGUAUCGAUGAAAGUCGAGAUGGGUCGAUGCCGCUUCCGGUGGUGCUACGGCCACUAGAGACGCUCAAAGCCAAGACUAGGAACAAGACGGUCCGGAAGCGAACCAGCGAGGCCCUUGCCGACGAACGCCUGCAAAAUUGGCAGAGCGUGGAAGGCGAUGAAUCCGAA